AUGGCACCCUCAUCACAGCCUCUGGAUGGCCAGGCCGACUCCUCCCAACCACCGACGAUCGCUGCCUUCUCCCCUUCCACCAUCACGGGCUCGGCCUUAACCUCGCGACAGCGCUCCAGUGUCAUCGUGCAUCGCAAAUCACCGCUGCUGGUGGCGACGCCGCCGGCCAUCACCAGGGCCCUCGCAUACUCGCACCCGUUCCUCCUCCCUUUAAAUGAGUUGGCCGGUCUUUUAACAUGGACAACGGGGGACCCAUGGCAGAGCUUCUUGCUCGUGGCCACAUUCUGGACAGUGGUGCUGUAUAGCGAUGCGAUCAUUCUCCGGGCAGGUCCGAUCCUUGUCGUGGUUGGGUUAAUCCUCGGCAUGUACGGGCGUCGCUACUCGCCUCUGUCCUCGACGACAUCUACAGGCGAGAAGCACCCGGGAAGGGCCUCGGUGGAGUCCACGACCCGUCACCAGAAGAGCUUGGAUGAUAUAGUGGAAACGCUGCGCACCUUUACUACGCGAUGCAACCUCCUUCUUGAACCCUUACUCGAUUUUACCGAUUUCCUUUCUACCCAGCGGACAGCCACAUCGGCGACGACACGUCCGGCCCUGACAGCCCUCUUCAUUCGCAUCCUUUUGGUUACCCCCGUCUGGAUCAUCUUGACCCUCCCUCCAUUCUACAUAAUCACUACUCGGCGCGUUGUCAUGAGCGUCGGAACCGUCAUCCUUACCUACCACUCGCGGCCAGCCCGCGUUUCGCGCGUCAUUCUGUGGCGUUCGAAUGCUGUGCGACGAAUUGUUUCUAUGAUUACGGGCCUGUCAGUAGCAGACGGCCCGAACACUAGCCAGAGGGUUCAGGUUCAAGGCCUGGGCCUCAACAUCGCAACUCGUCGGCGGGGGAACGCGUCUAGCGUGCGAUUCACCUUUGUCGUGUACGAAAACCAGCGCCGGUGGCUUGGUAUCGGGUGGACAUAUUCGCUGUUCCCAGCCGAGCGCGGCCCUUGGACAGAUGAGCACCUCAACCCCGUGCCUGUCAAGGACAAGUUCGAGUUACCCGAUGUCCCAACCGGAGACGCUAAGUGGCGCUGGGUCGAGGGCAGUGAGUGGCGUGUUGAGGGUGGAGAUAAUUCGGCGAAUGGGAAAUCCGAUUCCAAGGCUUCAAGUGAGGGGUGGAUCUACUAUGACAACAAGUGGAAUGACGGCCGCCGCGGUCAGGACGGCUGGGACCGGUAUACGCGCCGACGCAAGUGGUACCGUGACGCCGAGCUAGUGGACCAGAAGCAGGGUGGCUCGGAAGAAACCAUCUCCAAUCUCACUCUCUCCUCGAAAACGCGGCGUCGACGCUGGUUCGGCAAUAACAAAGACAAAGACAAAGACCGCGCCGGUAGCGGUGGCUCGUCCAUCGACGCCGGUCGCACAACAGGUGCAAAUUUUGCGGAGGCUGCUGGUGCUGUAUAUGGCCAAGGGACACCCUCGCGCCCGGUGAGUUUGCGGAGCUCCCGCAAGCCAUCGCAGUACAGCAUUCAUGAAGGAAGUCUGGCCACGAGUGACACUUCUAGUACGCGCGAGACGGACAUAGCUAAUUCGCACGACCUUCAUGAUCGGUGGGGCACUCGCGCUGCUGGAGGAACGGAGCGGGCAGAGCGGGAAUUGGGACUGAGCGAUGAGGUGAAUAUGGGGCUGAGUUGA